UUAAACCCUAAACUCUUUCUUUCUUCAAGAGAAGGGAGGACCGACGAAGAAGAAGACAACUAACUUCUCCGUCGUCAUCCGCAGGCAAUCAAUCGGAACGCCAUUAACUUACUCCAGUAUCCAUCUGAUGUUGUAGUGUAGCUCCGACCGCCGUAAUUCUAAGUUUUUUUUCCGAUCGUUUGCUCCUACCUCAGUUUCUUUCAGAGAGAUUUAUUGAAGCUUAAGGAGUUGUGCUCCAUUUACAAGUGUCAUAUUCACAAACUGACAAGUGAUAGAGGGGAAAGAAAAGAACUGCCAAAAUGGAAACAAAUUCAUCAAGCAUAAUCAUACCAGAAGACUGGGCCAAUGCUGCUGACACGAUAAUUGAUGAUUCUGCCACGUCUUCUCCUCCAAUUGCAUUAAUAUGCGGCGCUAAAAAUAGUGGCAAGACCACUUUCUCCCGCCACCUGGUGAACAUUCUCCUUCAGAGGUAUAAGAAAGUAGCUUAUUUGGACACAGAUGUUGGCCAAACAGAAUUUACCCCCCCUGGAUUUCUCUCACUUACUGUAAUUGACAAAAUUACUCCAGAUCUGAUGGUCCCUUGCUUGAAAACUCCAGAUAAAUGUUACUUCUUUGGUGAUAUUUCCUCCAAACGGGAUCCAAAUAUGUACUUGAAAUAUAUCUUUGCCUUGUAUGAUUACUAUCGGAAGGUUUAUUGUGUUGGUAGCACCGAUGGGAACCAUAGAAACAUUGGGGUGCCUCUGGUUGUCAAUACACCUGGCUGGGUAAAAGGUAUCGGUUAUGACUUGUUGGUGGAUAUAUUGAAAUACAUUUGUCCAACUCAUGUGGUUAAGAUUUGUAUCUCUGCCGAGAGUAAAAACCUUCCGCCUGGAGAAUUCUGGUUAGAUGGGGGAUAUGAUCCUGAAGUCACCCUCAUUGAAGUCAAAUCUGCUCGCCAGGAUUCCUUACAAAGAUCGGUACUUAUACAAAAGGAUGCACACCAUCUCAGGGAAUUAAGAAUAAUGGCUUACUUCAGACAAUGCUUUCCGAAUGAUUCACCUAUGAACACUAUCAAGGAACUUGCCCGUGCAUUGGCAGCGCAUUCCCCUUAUGAAAUUUCUUUAUCAGAUAUCAAGAUUAAAUAUCUCCACUGUCAGAUUCCAAAUGCAGAAUCUUUCUACAAUUUGAAUGCUAGCAUUGUAGGCUUGGCUGUCAGUCCUGAUGUUGCAGAGCAGUUGCCUCAGUGCGUUGGUCUGGGAAUUGUCAGAAGCAUUGAUACUUCCAGACGUUUGCUGUACAUAAUUACUCCUGUUCUGCCCAAUAUUUUGGAGAAAGUUGAUCUUCUACUUCAGGGACAUAUUCAGAUUCCUACUUGUUUGUUACAGGUAAAGGGCUGCAUCUCACCUUACAUGUCGGCAAAUGUUCUUCCCAUUGAUUAACAAGUACAUAUUUCUUUUAAAUGGUCAUAAAGGCCCGGACCCAUGAUUUUGUAGUCUUGAGCUUUGCGCUCUACCCUAAGCUAAACAAGCCUUCUAAUUAACAAGUAUAUUAUAUAUUGUGUUUAUCUAUUCUUAAUUUACCUUUAAUUAUUUGGUGAUGCAAUUUAUCUUAUUAAAUUCAUUUUUGAUUGACUAGGCUUGAUUGAGUCUCUAAUUUGAAA